CACACCUGGAGCACAGUAAGAGAGGAUUAAGUUGCUCGCUUGUUAUUGUCCAACCGCACAAUGGCCGACCUUUUAGGAAGUCCGCAGGAAUUUCUGGCAUCCUGAGCUCAGUGUGCAAAGCACUCCCUCGCAGAGGACAGGAGGUUGUUCGUUGGGAGGGGGCGGGGCUUAACAGCUGGAUCGGCUGUAUAUCUGACCGCUGAGCUCAGAGCACCGGGGCUGAGACGCUGGGAGCUCAUCAAGGUCCCCAACGCUUCAUACAUCGGCCGACACCGACGGCUAACCGGGGUUGGACCUUUUCUUCAAACAUCAGAGAUUCAUCCCCACAGCAGCUCACAUACUGGAGGUCUUUGUCCUGGAUUUCGGAACAGAAACGGAGCACCAGAGGAUCUGAAGCUGCCCACAGACUCAUACGGACAAGAUGGAAUCCAAGCAAAAUGGCCACACAGAGAAAUCUAAGCAAAAUGGCCACACAGAGGUCCACGGACCUGUGGCUGGCAUAUUUAUGGAGAAAACAAAGGAGAAGAUAACCAUAUACCAAGCCAUGAAGAAGCGUCUGCUUAAGCCAGGAACAGCUUUAGCUCUGCUUGAAGCACAAGCUGCCACAUUGGGCAUCGUAGACCCAAUCAACAAUCGAAUACUUUCAGUUGCUGAAGCCGUUAAGGAGGGAAUAGUUGGACCGGAGAUGAAAGAGAAACUCCUCACUGCCGCGAAAGCCGUCAAUGGCUAUGUAGACCCCUACACCAAGCAAAUGAUAUCUUUAUACCAAGCUGUGCAAAAAGAUUUAGUACCAAGAGACUAUGGAUUGCGGCUGCUGGAAGCACAGAUCGCCACACACGGCCUGUUUGAUCCGAUUGAGAAGUCAAAUAUUUCAGUUGAAUCUGCAAUUCAAAAGGGCUUCUAUGAAAAGGGUUUACUCAAUAACCAGAUGUCAGAGCUCAAAGUGUACUACAACCCAAGUUUACAAGAACAUUUGAACUACCAAACCCUCCUUGAGAAAUGCACUUUGGAGCCCGACACAGGCCUGUUGCUCCUUCCUGUUUGCAUCACGUUCAAAGGUCUGCGGAGAGGCAUUUCCUCCACUGAACUGCUCGAAUCAAAGAUCAUUGACAAAAAAACCUUUGAUGACCUACAGAAGGGAAAUACCACAACACAGGAUGUGAUGUUGAUAGAAACAGUAAAAGAAUACCUGCAAGGCAAAGGCUGUAUCGCAGGCAUUGCUGUACUCUCGUCCAAUCAGAGAAUGAGCAUUUAUGAUGCCAUGAAGAAAGGCGUGCUGAUGCCCGGGACAGCACUAGUUCUACUGGAGGCACAAGCCUCAACUGGAUACAUGGUUGAUCCUGUAGAAAAUAGAAAGUUCACUGUGGAUGAGGCCAUCAAAAACAAACUCGUUGGCCCUGAAUUUCAUGCAAAGCUGCGUUCCGCUGAGCGUGCAGUAACUGGAUACAAAGACCCAUACUCAGGCCAAACUAUAUCCCUGUUUCAAGCACUGUCCAAAGACCUCAUAGUUAAGGAACAUGGAAUCCGUCUACUUGAGGCGCAAAUUGCCACAGGUGGAAUAAUAGACCCCAUCAACAGUCACAGGCUACCGACAGAAAUAGCCUUUAAGAGAGGCUAUUUUGACCAAGCUAUGAACACCAUACUAGAGGAUUCAGGAGACGACACAAAGGGUUUCUUUGACCCGAACACCGAAGAUAAUCUGACUUAUCUUCAGCUGAUGCAAAGGUGUGUUAUUGAUCCCAUCACGGGACUGUGCCUCCUCCCACUCCUUGGUAAGUCAGACAGGCUGAAUUUCAACUUCAUUGACUACCAAACUAAAAUGUCCUUCAAAAAGGAGAAGGUGACCGUGACAUGUGGAAAGUACAUGGGAAUGACAGUAUCCCUGUGGGAACUCCUGAUGUCAGAGUACUUUGAUGAAGGCCAGAGGCGAGACAUCAUUCAGAAGUACAGAGAGGGGAAGCUCAAUAUCAAGACGAUUAUCACAACCAUUCUGGAAGUGAUAGAAAAGUCCGUGAAGACAACGAGUGUCAUCUUUGAAGGCAUCAGAGAAACUGUCACAGCCAAACAGCUUGUGGAAGCAGACAUCAUUAGUCAGGAGGUUAUGGACGAUCUGAAAAAGGGAAAAAUGUCAGUAAAGGAAGUGAUAGAAGAUGAAAAUGUAAAUGUAUACCUACAGGGGAAAGACAGCAUUGCCGGCAUUCUGCUUCCUGAUUCUCGCAUCAUGACCCUCUACCAGGCCAGACAAAAAGGAAAGCUGAUGCCAGGAACUGCUCUGAUUCUACUGGAGGCACAGGCAGCAACAGGGUUCAUACUUGACCCUAUUAGAAACAGGAAGUUUUCAGUGGAUGAUGCUGUCAAAGCAAAGAUUGUGGGGCCCGAUAUGUGUCAAAAGUUGCGCUCAGCAGAGAAAUCGGUCACUGGGUACAAAAACCCAUAUGAUGGCCAAAUAAUUUCUUUGUUCCAAGCCAUGCAAAAGGAUCUGAUCUUAAAAGACCAUGGAAUUCGACUUCUGGAGGCACAAAUUGCCACUGGUGGAAUCAUUGACCCAGUGAACAGCCAUCGCAUUCCUGUCCACGUGGCCUACAAGAAGGGAUACUUCAAUGAGGAAAUGAAUGAGAUCCUGAGUGAUCCCAGUGAUGACACCAAAGGGUUCUUUGAUCCCAACACCCAGGAGAACCUGACAUACCUGCAGCUCAUUGCCAGAUGUGUUAGAGAUCCCACUACAGGCAUGUGUCUCUUACCACUCAAAAGCAAAAGCAGCAGAAUCAACAUAGAUGAUAAAAUUACGGAAACGUUCAAAACAACAACAGUUACUGUUAAGUAUGGCCGGUUCAAGGGCAAGCACACAACACUGUGGGAUCUCAUCAACUCAGAGUAUAUGACGGAGGACAAAAGACAGGAGUUUUUUAAGCUCUUCAAGUCAAGGAAAAUCACAAUUGAGCAGCUCAUUGUCACCAUUAUAGAGAUGAUUGAAAACAAGGAGCUAAAACGACAAGCCGGGCUGAGUUGUGCUGGUCUCAGAGGAGAGGUAUCUGUUGUGGAUCUUUUCCAGCUUAAAAUUGUGGACGAAAAAAUAUACAACAGCAUGAUCGAGGGAAAGGUGACAAGCGCAGAUCUGAUGAAAAUGGAGAGUGUGAGAACCUACCUACAAGGCAAAGGUUGCGUGGCUGGGGUGAUAUUGCAACCCUCCAAUAAGAAGUUAAGCAUCUACGAGGCACAGAGAAUUGGCAUUCUCACACCUGGCACUGCCCUCUGCCUCCUUGAAGCACAAGCGGCCACAGGGUUCAUUGUUGAUCCUCUGAAAAACAAAAAACUUACUGUGAAACAAGCCCUCAAAGAGAAGCUGGUUGGUCCACAGAUGCAUGAAAAGCUUUUGUCUGCAGAGAGGGCUGUCACCGGUUACAGAGAUCCAUACACUGGUCAAAAGAUCUCACUUUUCCAAGCCUUGCAAAAGGAUCUAAUUGUCAAGCAGCAUGCCCUUCGUUUACUUGAGGCCCAGAUUGCUACAGGUGGUAUCAUUGAUCCUAUAAAGUCUCUUCAUCUGCCCCUUGAGGUUGCAUACAGUAAAGGAUACUUUGAUGCAGAACUUUAUCAGACUCUAUCAGACCCAACUGAAGACACCAAGGGCUUUUUUGACCCCAAGACACAAGCCAAUCUGACAUACAUGGAGAUGUUGGGUAGAUGUGUAAAAGAUGAGGAGACAGGACUGUUUCUUCUGCCACUGAAUGAAAAACCAACAGCUAUGGGAAUAAAGGAACAUAUUUACACGAACACGGAGAUAACGGAAGAGUUUGAAAAGACAGCUGUGAGCAUAUUAGUUGGACGUUUUGCAGGAAAAUCUGUUUCUCUGUGGAACUUGAUUCACUCAGGGUACUUCACUGAGGAUCAGCAGCUUGAAUUCUUUGAAAAAUACAGAAAGAGGAAGAUAACCACACAAACCAUAAUCACAAUAGUGAUUUCCACCAUUGAAAAACUGGAGAAUGAAACUCCCAAAAUGAUAAUGGGCCUGAGAAAACCUGUCUCUGCACAACAACUACUGGAUUCUGAGAUCAUUGAUGCAAAUACAUUCAAACUGGUGAAAGAAGGAAAGCUCACUCUUGAGGCACUAAUCCAAAGUGAACCUGUGAGAGGAUACCUGAGGGGAACUGGGAGCAUUGCUGGAAUUAAGGUUUAUCCAUCCCAGAAAGUAAUGAGCAUAUAUGAAGCAAAACAAGAAGAUCUAUUGACACCCGGCUUUGCACUCGUACUGCUUGAAGCACAGGCUGCAACAGGAUGGGUCAUUGAUCCUCUCAAAAACAAGUUAUAUGCUGUUGACGAGGCAGCAAGAGAGAAAGUAAUUGGACCAGAUGUAUAUGAGAAACUUCUCAUUGCAGAACGUGCUGUCACUGGCUAUAAAGAUCCAUACACAGAUGCAACAAUAUCACUGUUUGAAGCCAUGGAUGCAGAGCUGAUUCAAAGAAGUGAUGGUAUUCGCCUUCUUGAGACACAGAUAGCUACUGGAGGAAUCGUUGACCCAAAUCAUAGUCACAGGCUUCCUAUUCAUGUUGCAAUUAGAAAGAGACAUCUGAAUGAAGAAAUCAGAACAACUCUGUUGAACCCCACUCGUGAUGCAAAGGGAUUCUUUGACCCAAACACAAAAGAAAACCUCUCUUACCUUCAGCUGAUAAAGCGAUGUGAGAAAGAUCCUGAAACAGGGCUUCUUCUCCUUCCCCUGUAUCAAGACGAAUCCCUUGUAUUUCACACAGAUGAGCAAAUCGAGCUUGCAUUCAAAAACAAAACUAUCGCCAUGAAUGCAGGGAAAUUCAAAGACAAAGAGGUGACAUUAUGGGAAGUGUUGGUCUCUGAAUACAUAUCAAAACAAAAAAGGGAACAGCUUAUAGAACAAUACAAGACAAGAACAAUGAAAAUGGAGGAGAUCAUUGAAAUACUCACUGUCAUCAUUACAGAGGUAUCAUCCAAACAAAGAAAGUUCAAAGGACUAAGAAAGCAGGUCUCAGCCAGUGAGUUGUAUGAGUCAAAAAUUAUCUCAAAGGAGCUUUUCACACAGAUUAUACAAGGAGAAGUAACUGAAGAGAAUGUUAACACAAUGGAAUCGAUUCAGAAGUAUCUUGGUGCUACAAACUGUAUCGCAGGUGUCAGAGUCGAGUCAACAAAGAAAGUGAUAAGCAUCUACAAAGCCAAAACCAAACGGCUGCUGACCCCUGGCACAUCUCUUGUGCUGCUGGAGGCCCAAGCUGCCACUGGUUUUAUCAUCGACCCAGUGAACAAUACCAAAUUUUCUGUAGAGGAAGCUGUAGCUCAAGGAGUGGUUGGCAGUGAGUGGAAAAAGAAGCUGCUUUCAGCAGAAAGGGCAGUUACAGGAUACAAAGAUCCCUACACUGGAGACACAAUCUCAUUGUUCCAGGCCUUGCAAAAAGAUCUCAUCGUCAAAGAUCAUGGAAUCCGUCUCCUUGAAGCACAAAUUGCCACUGGAGGCAUAAUUGAUCCAAUCCACAGCCAUCGAGUGCCAGUACAGGUGGCAUACCAAAGAGGAUACUUUGAUGAAGAGAUGAACGAGAUUCUGUCUGACCCUGAUAUCGACACAAAGGGCUUCUUUGACCCAAACACACAAGAUAACCUCACCUAUCUUCAACUGCUUGAGAGGUGUGUGGCAGACCCAACUACAGGCCUCAAUUUACUUUCCAUUACUAAAAAAGGCGAGUUUUAUUUCUUUGUUGAUGAGGCAACCAAAUUAAUUCUGAAAUCUAUAACAACAACCGAAGCAGAAGGGAAAUACCAAGGAACAACAGUGUCUCUAUGGGAUCUGCUCUACUCCAAAUACAUCACUGAGGAGAAGAGGAUAGAGCUUGUGCAGCAGUAUAAGUCUGGAUCAAUCACAAUCGAAAGCUUCUUGGAAACCAUCCUGACGAUCAUUGAGCAGCAAACUGAGUUUAGCUCUUCUUCAUCAAUGGUCAUGUGCCAACCACCUGAAAGAAGGGUGGACAGCAGCACACUGAAAACUACUAUCACCACUACAGUCACAGAGACAAAUGACGUUGACCACUUCCAUGGAAUCAGAAAGGACGUCACUGCUGCCGAAUUGCUCGAAUCAAAAAUCAUCAACGAAGACCUCUACAAAAAUCUUACUUCUGGGAGUGUCACAGUGACAGAAGUAAGUGAAAUGGAAUCGGUGCGUAAGUACCUUGAAGGGACCAACUGCAUUGCAGGGGUGUACCUGCAGUCCACAAAAGAGACCCUCAGCAUCUACCAGGCCAAAAGCAAAGGCCUGCUGACUCCUGGUACCACUCUGGUUCUACUAGAAGCUCAAGCUGCCACCGGAUUUGUCAUCGACCCAGUGAACAACAAGAAACUUUCUGUAGAGGAAGCUGUAGCUCAAGGAGUGGUUGGCAGUGAGUGGAAAAAGAAGCUGCUUUCAGCAGAAAGGGCAGUUACCGGAUACAAAGAUCCCUACACUGGAGACAUAAUCUCAUUGUUCCAGGCCUUGCAAAAAGAUCUCAUCGUCAAAGUUCAUGGAAUCCGUCUCCUUGAAGCACAAAUUGCCACUGGAGGCAUAAUUGACCCAGUGUACAGUCACAGGGUACCUGUACAGGUGGCAUACACAAGAGGAUACUUUGACAAAGAGAUGAACGAGAUUCUGUCUGACCCUGAUGACGACACAAAGGGCUUCUUUGACCCCAACACACAAGAGAAUCUCACCUAUCUUCAACUGGUUGAGAGAUGUAUCACAGAUCCCAUCACAGGCCUUAGCUUACUGGUGAUUGCGAAGAAAGACGAGUUGUAUUUCUUUGUUGAUGAGGCAACCAAACUAAUUCUGAAAUCUACAACAACAACCAAAGCAGAAGGGAAUUACCAAGGAACAACCAUGACUCUAUGGGAUCUGCUCUACUCCAAAUACAUCACCGAGGAGAAGAGGAGAGAGCUUGUGCAGCAGUAUAAGUCUGGAUCAAUCACAAUCGAAAGCUUCUUGGAAACCAUCCUGACAAUCAUUGAGCAGCAAACCGAGUUUAGCUCUUCUUCAUCAAUGGUCAUGUGCCAACCACCUGAAAGAAGGGUGGACAGCAGCACACUGAAAACUACUAUCACCACUACAGUCACAGAGACAAAUGACGUUGACCACUUCCAUGGAAUCAGAAAGGACGUCACUGCUGCAGAGUUGCUCGAAUCAAAAAUCAUCAACGAAGACCUCUACAAAAAUCUUACUUCUGGGAGUGUCACAGUAACAGAAGUAAGUGAAAUGGAAUCGGUGCGUAAGUACCUUGAAGGGACCAACUGCAUUGCAGGGGUGUACCUGCAGUCUACCAAAGAGACCCUCAGCAUCUACCAGGCCAAAAGCAAAGGCCUGCUGACUCCUGGUACCACUCUGGUUCUGCUAGAAGCUCAAGCUGCCACCGGCUUUGUCAUCGACCCAGUGAACAACAAGAAACUUUCUGUAGAGGAAGCUGUAGCUCAAGGAGUGGUUGGCAGUGAGUGGAAAAAGAAGCUGCUUUCAGCAGAAAGGGCAGUUACCGGAUACAAAGAUCCCUACACUGGAGACAUAAUCUCAUUGUUCCAGGCCUUGCAAAAAGAUCUCAUCGUCAAAGUUCAUGGAAUCCGUCUCCUUGAAGCACAAAUUGCCACUGGAGGCAUAAUUGACCCAGUGUACAGUCACAGGGUACCUGUACAGGUGGCAUACACAAGAGGAUACUUUGACAAAGAGAUGAACGAGAUUCUGUCUGACCCUGAUGACGACACAAAGGGCUUCUUUGACCCCAACACACAAGAGAAUCUCACCUAUCUUCAACUGGUUGAGAGGUGUAUCACAGAUCCCAUCACAGGCCUUAGCUUACUGGUGAUUGCGAAGAAAGACGAGUUGUAUUUCUUUGUUGAUGAGGCAACCAAACUAAUUCUGAAAUCUACAACAACAACCAAAGCAGAAGGGAAUUACCAAGGAACAACCAUGACUCUAUGGGAUCUGCUCUACUCCAAAUACAUCACCGAGGAGAAGAGGAGAGAGCUUGUGCAGCAGUAUAAGUCUGGAUCAAUCACAAUCGAAAGCUUCUUGGAAACCAUCCUGACAAUCAUUGAGCAGCAAACCGAGUUUAGCUCUUCUUCAUCAAUGGUCAUGUGCCAACCACCUGAAAGAAGGGUGGACAGCAGCACACUGAAAACUACUGUCACCACUACAGUCACAGAGACACAUGAAGUUGACCACUUCCAUGGAAUCAGAAAGGACGUCACUGCUGCAGAGUUGCUCGAAUCAAAAAUCAUCAACGAAGACCUCUACAAAAAUCUUACUUCUGGGAGUGUCACAGUAACAGAAGUAAGUGAAAUGGAAUCGGUGCGUAAGUACCUUGAAGGGACCAACUGCAUUGCAGGGGUGUACCUGCAGUCUACCAAAGAGACCCUCAGCAUCUACCAGGCCAAAAGCAAAGGCCUGCUGACUCCUGGUACCACUCUGGUUCUGCUAGAAGCUCAAGCUGCCACCGGCUUUGUCAUCGACCCAGUGAACAACAAGAAACUUUCUGUCGAGGAAGCUGUAGCCCAAGGAGUGGUUGGCAGUGAGUGGAAAAAGAAGCUGCUUUCAGCAGAAAGGGCAGUUACCGGAUACAAAGAUCCCUACACUGGAGACAUAAUCUCGUUGUUCCAGGCCUUGCAAAAAGAUCUCAUCGUCAAAGUUCAUGGAAUCCGUCUCCUUGAAGCACAAAUUGCCACUGGAGGCAUAAUUGACCCAGUGUACAGUCACAGGGUACCUGUACAGGUGGCAUACACAAGAGGAUACUUUGACAAAGAGAUGAACGAGAUUCUGUCUGACCCUGAUGAUGACACAAAGGGCUUCUUUGACCCCAACACACAAGAGAAUCUCACCUAUCUUCAACUGGUUGAGAGGUGUAUCACAGAUCCCAUCACAGGCCUUAGCUUACUGGUCAUUGCGAAGAAAGACGAGUUGUAUUUCUUUGUUGAUGAGGCAACCAAACUAAUUCUGAAAUCUACAACAACAACCAGAGCAGAAGGGAAUUACCAAGGAACAACCAUGACUCUAUGGGAUCUGCUCUACUCCAAAUACAUCACCGAGGAGAAGAGGAGAGAGCUUGUGCAGCAGUAUAAGUCUGGAUCAAUCACAAUCGAAAGCUUCUUGGAAACCAUCCUGACAAUUAUUGAGCAGCAAACCGAGUUUAGCUCUUCUUCAUCAAUGGUCAUGUGCCAACCACCUGAAAGAAGGGUGGACAGCAGCACACUGAAAACUACUAUCACCACUACAGUCACAGAGACAAAUGACAUUGACCACUUCCAUGGAAUCAGAAAGGACGUCACUGCUGCCGAGUUGCUCGAAUCAAAAAUCAUCAACGAAGACCUCUACAAAAAUCUUACUUCUGGGAGUGUCACAGUGACAGAAGUAAGUGAAAUGGAAUCGGUGCGUAAGUACCUUGAAGGGACCAACUGCAUUGCAGGGGUGUACCUGCAGUCCUCCAAAGAGACCCUCAGCAUCUACCAGGCCAAAAUCAAAGGCCUGCUGACUCCUGGUACUACUCUGGUUCUGCUAGAAGCUCAAGCUGCCACCGGAUUUGUCAUCGACCCAGUGAACAACAAGAAACUUUCUGUAGAGGAAGCUGUAGCUCAAGGAGUGGUUGGCAGUGAGUGGAAAAACAAGCUGCUCUCAGCAGAAAGGGCAGUUACCGGAUACAAAGAUCCCUACACUGGAGACAUAAUCUCAUUGUUCCAGGCCUUGCAAAAAGAUCUCAUCGUCAAAGUUCAUGGAAUCCGUCUCCUUGAAGCACAAAUUGCCACUGGAGGCAUAAUUGACCCAGUGUACAGUCACAGGGUACCUGUACAGGUGGCAUACACAAGAGGAUACUUUGAUAAAGAGAUGAACGAGAUUCUGUCUGACCCUGAUGAUGACACAAAGGGCUUCUUUGACCCCAACACAAAAGAGAAUCUCACUUAUCUUCAACUGGUUGAGAGGUGUAUCACAGAUCCCAUCACAGGCCUUAGCUUACUGGUCAUUGCGAAGAAAGACGAGUUGUAUUUCUUUGUUGACGAGGCAACCAAACUAAUUCUGAAAUCUACAACAACAACCAGAGCAGAAGGGAAUUACCAAGGAACAACCAUGACUCUAUGGGAUCUGCUCUACUCCAAAUACAUCACUGAGGAGAAGAGGAUAGAGCUUGUGCAGCAGUAUAAGUCUGGAUCAAUCACAAUCGAAAGCUUCUUGGAAACCAUCCUGACAAUCAUUGAGCAGCAAACCGAGUUUAGCUCUUCUUCAUCAAUGGUCAUGUGCCAACCACCUGAAAGAAGGGUGGACAGCAGCACACUGAAAACUACUAUCACCACUACAGUCACAGAGACAAAUGAUGUUGACCACUUCCAUGGAAUCAGAAAGGACGUCACUGCUGCCGAGUUGCUCGAAUCAAAAAUCAUCAACGAAGAUCUCUACAAAAAUCUUACUUCUGGGAGUGUCACAGUGACAGAAGUAAGUGAAAUGGAAUCGGUGCGUAAGUACCUUGAAGGGACCAACUGCAUUGCAGGGGUGUACCUGCAGUCCUCCAAAGAGACCCUCAGCAUCUACCAGGCCAAAAUCAAAGGCCUGCUGACUCCUGGUACCACUCUGGUUCUGCUAGAAGCUCAAGCUGCCACUGGCUUUGUCAUCGACCCAGUGAACAACAAGAAACUUUCUGUAGAGGAAGCUGUAGCUGAAGGAGUCGUUGGCAGUGAGUGGAAAAACAAGCUGCUCUCAGCAGAAAGGGCAGUUACCGGAUACAAAGAUCCCUACACUGGAGACAUAAUCUCAUUGUUCCAGGCCUUGCAAAAAGAUCUCAUCGUCAAAGUUCAUGGAAUCCGUCUCCUUGAAGCACAAAUUGCCACUGGAGGCAUAAUUGACCCAGUGUACAGUCACAGGGUACCUGUACAGGUGGCAUACACAAGAGGAUACUUUGACAAAGAGAUGAACGAGAUUCUGUCUGACCCUGAUGACGACACAAAGGGCUUCUUUGACCCCAACACACAAGAGAAUCUCACUUAUCUUCAACUGGUUGAGAGGUGUAUCACAGAUCCCAUCACAGGCCUUAGCUUACUGGUCAUUGCGAAGAAAGACGAGUUGUAUUUCUUUGUUGACGAGGCAACCAAACUAAUUCUGAAAUCUACAACAACAACCAGAGCAGAAGGGAAUUACCAAGGAACAACCAUGACUCUAUGGGAUCUGCUCUACUCCAAAUACAUCACCGAGGAGAAGAGGAGAGCGCUUGUGCAGCAGUAUAAGUCUGGAUCAAUCACAAUCGAAAGCUUCUUGGAAACCAUCCUGACGAUCAUUCAUUAGCAAACCGAGUUUAGCUCAUCUUCAUCAAUGGUCAUGUGCCAACCACCAGAAACAUGGGUGGACAGCAGCAUAACUAACACUACCAUCACCACAGGGUGUCUGUACAGGUGAAAUACACACCAGGUAACUUUGUUGUUCAAAUGAACCAGAUUUGGUCUAACCUUGACCUCAACAGAAGAGAAUCUCACCUAUCUUCAGCUGGUUGAAAGGUCGAUCACAGAUCCCAUCACUGGCCUCAGUUUACUGCCCUUGCACAGAUGAAGUAAAGCUUUCUACAAUCAUUUACUCUUGUAUGUUGCCUGCAUUAUCAGAUUGUGUACUGUGCUUUAUUUAGUCACAAAAUAAUUGUACUCCCUUUUUCUUUUGAUUAACAGACUUGAGAGAAAAAUACAUACAUUCUGCGCUAAAUAAUGCUAGAAAUGGAUUAUAGAAACAUAUUCUACGCUAGUCUAGACAAAUGUAAUUUAGUUACACUUUUCUAUGACCAUGUUCAAUAUAGAUAUUUUUCCAUUGGAAUUCUUUAACAUCCUAAAAUGUAUUUAACCUUGACACAUUAUGAAUGAUUGGGCUAAGAACCUCCCAGACACUGCAGAAAUCAAUCAUUUAAAAAGAAGCACUCACAUUUUACAUAUAGGAACUUUUAAGCUGCUUAUAGUUAUGAAUGUAAAAUGUCUUUCGUGAAAAGAAAGUGUGUUCUUACAUCUAAAUAAACAUGAUAAAAUGCAGGA